AGUCGGAGAUUAGGCGCGACGCGACGCGGGUGCUACGAUUGCUGCUCCUGGCAUACGAAAGCUCGUAAUUGUCACUUACAACGUAAUAAUAUUUCAUCGGUCUUUAAAGUUGUGGAAAUAAAUAAAUAUUUUUAAUAGUGCUUCAGUAUUUAAAUAACAACUUUGAAAUAUUGCGUUUUAGAUUGAAAUAAUAGACAUAAAUUAUUUUAUUAGUUUCUUUUUUUGUAAUUUCGGAAGAUUUUAAAAUCAGUGUUGGAGUGUAAUGUGUUGGUGAUCAGUAGUGGAGGUUGGUGGCGCGGGGUCCGGCGCGGGGUGCGCCAUGUUGCUGGUGGAGGCGCCGCGCGAAGCCGCCGUGCCCGCGUGCGCGGCGCCGCUGGACUUGCCCAUGUCCUCGCUAACCAAACUCAACUUCACAGACUACAGUGCUAAAGUGAACAAACCCUACUCGGACACAGAGCCCAGAGACAAUACGAGACUGAAUUACGAGCAGGCUCUGGCCAGCGUGGCCAGGCUCAGCUAUGAACAAUCAGUGCCCUCCGCAGGCAAGCUGCACUAUGCGGAGCAGCCGCGGCUGGCCUACGACCCCAACGUGGACACGCUCUGCGGGGACCCUACCUUCUUAACAAAUACAGGUGGCUACACGACAGGUGGCCCCCGCGAGACCAACACGUACGGCUACUCGGAGGCGAGCGGGGCGCAGGCGCCGAGCGCGGCCUCCCCGCUGGACGAGUACUACCCGCCGGAGUACCCCGCGCCGUCCGCGCCGCCCGCGCAGCCCUACCUCGACGAGUACUACCACCAUGCGCACGCGCACCCCCAGCCGCUGCUCACUCACGAGCCAAAGUACCAGCCACACGCCUACACCAAGCCUUAUCCCAGAGGCGGCGGCGGUCGGUACGGCGGUGACGGUUACGGCGAGGGCUACGUGCAGGAGUACGGCGGCGCGUGCGCAGAGUGGAACGAAUGGCCCGCCGACCAGCACGCACUGAUCCCUCAGGACAAGCUCGCAUACCCCGCGUCUGGACCUUGCUUCACCGGUUCAGGGCCCAUCCAACUGUGGCAGUUCCUGCUCGAGCUCCUGACAGACAAGAGCUGCCAGGGCUUCAUAUCCUGGACUGGCGACGGGUGGGAGUUCAAACUCACCGACCCCGAUGAGGUGGCUCGGCGCUGGGGCAUCCGCAAGAACAAGCCUAAGAUGAACUACGAGAAGCUGUCGCGCGGACUGCGCUACUACUACGACAAGAACAUCAUCCACAAGACCGCCGGCAAGCGCUACGUGUACCGCUUCGUGUGCGACCUGCAGAGCCUGCUCGGAAUAUCGCCCGAACAGCUGCACGCAAUGUACGAACCUAAAAUGGAGAAAAAAGAUGAGGACUGAGCGAGAGCCGAGCCCGAGCGCCCGCGCCCUGCGCCCCCGCGCCCCGCGCCACCGCGCCCCCGCGCCCCUGCACCGCUCCCCUCCGCAACACCUCAGACCAACAUGUAUUAGCAAGACCGCUCUCACUCCAGUCUCCCACAGUCUCUCCUGUACGACCGACAGCCAACCCCACAUCAGUGGUGAACUUUGACAAUGACAGCGCCCUUUACUUCAAAGUAGUCUCGAUUUUCAAUAUUUAUCGUAACCACUGCUGUGUGGCCACCUGUACCCGUACUAACUGACCAUAGAUCUGGCAUCCUUCCACACCAGAUAUAAAUAAGUGUGCAUUGAAAAAGCUAACCGCUAACAAUCAUUAAGAUUAUAUAUUCAUUUUUCGAAUUUCAUAAUAUUAAAAUGGAUUUGAUCUCAUACGCAGCCACCAGUGGAAUUAAUAUUAACCAACUAAUGAAGGCUAACACCGCAAAGGUCCUAUGUUAUAGUUCACGUUAUAUUUUACAUUCAUAAAGUAUAUGUACCCAUGUAACCAAUGGUGCCUUACGGAUAACUUGUUGUUUCAUUUCGGGUCCGCAAGUAUUCGGUUUGUUCUCAGACGCCGCUUCGGACUGAGCGCAGUAUUACGGAGCACUAUAUUCUAUUGUCUACGUAAAGUCAAUGUGAUAGCGUCUACAACUCUGCGACAAGUCAAUUUAUUUAAAUUCUUAUAACACAAAUGAACAUAAUUCAGCGAGAUAAUCAAAACUUAGUGCUAAAAUAGUAAAUUUUACUAUAACUUUAAUGAUAACUGUAAAUAUAAGUUAAUUUUGUUACUUUAUAAAAUAAUUAGGUAUUAUAUUAUAGUAGUUGUUAAGUGUUGUAUGUUUAAUUCGCAAAUUGUUGCAAUAUGCGAUUAAAUUAAUGAGUAGUCAAAAUGUGGACGGACAUAAAACGAUUUUUUUAUUCAGAGAUUUUAGUCCAAAGAUUAUAGAGCCCCACCAAUUGGUAAGGAUAUGACAAAAUUACCAAAGGGACUUCUCAAUUGUCUAUGUUUCAAAGUUAUAAUAUUGAACAUGUUUUAUCGACCAGUGAUAUGAUUACAAUUCAGACAACAGAAGCUCACAGUAACAGUAUCCGCUAAGGAGUGCGCAACGCCGGGUGACGUCAACUUGUCGCUGAUCUCGUGGUAAGGGAUUCUAAUGUCUUACUAGUUAUGAAAUUAAAUUAGUUGUAUUAUUUUCAAUUUUUAUAGCUCCUAGCGUACACCGAAGAUAUGUCGAUAAGUUUUAUUUUGUAAAAUAUCUCUCCUCCAUCAAUAUAAUACCUACUUGAUCAUGUUUCGUUUCGUGCAAUGACGUUUGUAGGUUUGAACUUGUGAAUCUUUUAUCUCGCUACUACACGGUGCUGUUCGCUCGGUUUUAACUAUAACAGAAUAUUAAAUGAUGUCUUCCCCGUAUUAUAAAUUGAAUAGGUCUGACUCCAGUUAACUUAGGUUCUCCUUUACUGUUUACAAUGUAGCAAAUUUUACAGUUGAUUAAGUAUAUUGUAUUUUGCUCCCGUUUUAUGUGCUAAUAGAUAUCUUUACACGUUUACAUGUAAGCGACGCCAUUAUUAAGUGAGACCUAUUUGUAGUUACGGCCAAAUUUUGAAUGUAUAAGUGUCGUUGUAUGUAUUGAUGGAAGAUAUAAAAUUAAAUAUAUAUAUUUACGAAAUCACA